UUCCUAUUGUGAAGCUGUACAUGCAUGGUGACGAGCAGAUCUGCUGCAUUCCUUUUUGCCACUGCUCAGGAACAAAGUGCAUGCUUCCAAAGAGUCACCAGCUCUGACGCCACCACAGAGGAAGAACGCGUGUCCAAGACCAUGGCAAAAAUGGCCUCCUCUUGUGACACACUGGCCGAAAAGCAGUUGGAGUGUCCUGUGUGCGAACAGGUGCUCUCCGACCCCGUUACCACGCCAUGCGGACACAACUUCUGCCAGGCCUGCCUCCAGGGCGUGUGGGACAACAGCGACAUGUGCCGGUGCCCCGCCUGCGACAAGGCCUUCGCCGACCGGCCCGAAAUCAGUAUCAACGCCGCCUUCAAGGAGCUGGCUGACACCUUCAGGAGAAUGACACUCCUCGACCGCUCUUCAUCCUUGCCGUUGUGCGCCGCUAAAGACAGUGAGGUGACGUGCGACGUGUGUGCCGUCACCUCUCUACGGGUGUCCGCUCUCAAGUCCUGCUUGGUGUGUCUCACCUCGUACUGCCAUGUUCACUUGGAGCCCCACCGCAGGGUGGCAUCGUUGCAGAUGCACAGGCUGAUGGAGCCGACCACUGACUUGCGGGAGCGUCUGUGCAGUCAGCAUGAUAAGCUGCUGGAGAUGUUCUGUCGGGACGAGCAGCAGUGCGUGUGCCAGUUCUGCACUGAGAGCGAGCACAGGGGUCACCACGUUGUUCAGAUUGAGGAAGAGACCAAGGAGAGGAAGAUCCAGAUGAAGAAGGCAGAGGCCAAUUUUGAGCAGCUGAUCCAAGAGCGACAGAAGAAAGUGGAUGAAAUCCAAAAUGGUCUCAAGCUUAUCAUGAUGAGUGCGGAGGGAGAGAAGACAAAGAACGAGCGCCUCUUCACCUCUCUGAUUGACUUGGCGGAGAAAAGACGGGCGGAGGUCACCACCGAGAUUGAUGAGAACGAGAGGGCAGUCAAGUCGAGGGCUGACGGCCUCAUGGACGAGCUUCGGCAGGAGAUUGCUAAGCUCCAGGAGAAGAAAGCAGAGCUGGAAAAGCUGAGGGACACCGAGGAUCAUCUGCAUCUCCUCCAGAGGUCCCCUUUGAUGACAUCGCCUCCACCCACCAGAGAGUGGGCAGAGAUCAGCAUCAACCCUGAGAUCUGCAUAGGCACAGCGAGAAGGGCGCUGUCCCAACUGGAAGCCGCAUUGAGGAACGAGCUGGAUAGCGUGAAGACAUAUGAGAUAAAGAGGGUGCAGAGUUACGCAGUGGACGUGGAGCUGGACCCGGACACUGCCCAUCCCAAUAUUUGUCUGUCGGCUGACGGCAAGCAGGUGGGCCGUGCAGAGCUGCUGCAAGUGGUGCCUGACAACCCUCAGCGCUUUGACCCCGUCAUCUGCGUUCUUGCCAAAAGAGGCUUCUUGUCCGGAAGGUUCUAUUUCCAGGUGGAUGUCGGAACGAAGACCUUUUGGGACGUGGGUGUAGUCAAAGAAUCCGUCAACAGGAAGGGGCAGAUCACCUCCAAGCCAGAGAAUGGCUUCUGGACGGUGCGUCUGAGGGGCGGAGAUGAAUACCGCGCACUGGACUCUCCAUCAGUACUUCUGAACCUUAACGUGAAGCCACGGACAAUCGGUGUGUUCACCGAUUACGAGGAGGGGACCGUGUCGUUCUUUGACGUCGACGUCAGGUCUCACAUUUACACCUUCACAGGGUGUGUGUUUUUGGAGAGAGUUUUCCCAUUUAUUAGCCCUGGAAGUUGUGAUGAGGGGAGGAACACGGCACCGCUAAUCAUCACUAGUGUUAGUCAACAAACAGAGGCCCCUUGACCAGGAACAGAUCCACUAUUUAUUUGCAAUGUCUUUUGAUUUCCCAGCACCACGUCAUUGAUUAUGUUGUGAAUCUCCAAAAAAAAAAUCACAAUGGCUUGGCUUUUACAUAAUUUCUGGUGUAUAUGCUUCCUCUUUGGAUUGGUUCCAGCUCCAAUAACUUGCUCCGUCUCAUCAGUUGUCAUUGUUCAUUCAAGCUAGCAAGCUAAAUUGUCAGCGAGUGUCAACAAAAGCUUAUUAAAAAAAAUAAAAACUAUUAAACAACACAAAUUAAAGAGAAAAAUAUAUUUUGGCACUUCACAAAUCCUUCAAUCCCCAUUCUUCCCCACCUAAACAAACUUUUUCCACUUUUUCCAACGACUGAAAGGUGCUUAUUUCACAAGCUUUCACAUUUGACAUAAAUCCACAUUUACACAAACAGCAAUUAGCCUAUACCAACCAAGUAACCUUAGUAAAGUGAUGCUAUAAGCGCCAUACCUUUGUCUUUGGCCCGUUUCUCUUCCUUCCUCCAAAUUGUGCAUCUGGAAGCUUUGACUUUGUCUUUUCCAUGUUUUCUUGACACAAAUUAAGAGCACUUUCAUCAUCUCCUACCGUCACACAACUAGCA